AUAUCAAUGACAAGUCUGGGAGUACACAUCUACAGUGCCGCGUUAACCAUCAUUAAAAAAACGUCUCCGUCAUUUACGCCCGAAAAAUUCGACGAUUGCCAUGACUCCACUAUCCCCAGUCUCGUGUACUUUAACCUAACUCUAGUGCGAACCCCAAAAAGUCCUUGUGCGAACCCAACCAACGCGAACAAGUGCCAAUACUCUUAAUUAAAUACCAUCAGGUCUUGUGAGCCCUCCAAACGUACGAUUAAAUGUCACUGGACAAAAACAAAUACUGAGACAGUGUGACUGUCCUGCAAUGUCAACGAAGUCACCUCCGUCCCUCAAUUAAUCUCCUCGUAGUGUCGAAAGCCUCUAAAAACGUCUAUAGAGUCUCCUGGUGAUGCAAAAUGUACAGUUUCGAGGGUGAUUAUCGUCGAAGGCCCCAGCAAAAUUUGGCUGGAGCCAGUCGUCGUGACGAGAAAGCUGCCCUUCUUCAGCAUGCACAGCUGGAGCGAAACAAACGUGAACAGCAACGUAAACGUCAAAAUGCAGCAUUGAAAAUUCAUGCUCAAACCCGAAGCUACCUGAUCCGUCAAUCCGUGAAACGAAAUUGUCGAGUAGAAUUUGAUAGAGCAAAAUCCCAAGUCCGAGGUAAACUGCAAACAACCGAGCUAAUUCCCUACAUAAGAACCCUCCUAUUUUUCUAUGACACAAAGACCGACUACGAGAGAUUGAUCUGGUUGCUGGAGCACAUUCUCGCGAACAAAAAUGACAUUCUGAACAGGUACAGCAAUAGUGACUGGCUGUGGCGAUUGCGAUGGAUCUUAAAACUGUGUCUGCAGUUUAUUCUGGAGAUAAGCAGCAUAAACCGACAAAUUUCAACAGCUCCACCCCUGCGAGUCCUUGAGAGCUUUAUAACGUCUGAAAAAAGUCAGGAUCAGAAGGACUCUAACGAAAAUUAUAGGAAUCACCUCAGGGACAUCCUGAAAUACCUAGUCCAGAACUCAUACUUUGCAAAUGUGAAAAAACUCCUCGAAGAGAACAUUCCCCCGCUCGACCAAUCCACGUCAAUUCCUCCAACUCCGAGGAUAAAAUGCUACUUUGACUUGAUAAAACAACCGCUGAUACUGUCCACAGACACAAAAUACGAUAAUGACUUUGCCCUGAUAGUGAUCAAAGAGUUUGUGAAUACAAUCUUGGUACCGAGGAUGUCGGAUCCAGUCAGAUUAUUCCUAAUACCCGCACUAUCAGAACUGUCGAGUUUUCCCUAUGCAGAGCUGAUAUGCUGUAUCAACAGACUGGAGAUUGUUCCAACAAAAAGUCUUCUGUACGCUGUCCUCUCUCUGGAGCCCAAGGAUUUCAAUCCCUCCACAUCAGACACUGUUCUACUGAACUACGUGCAGGUUCUUGCUUCUUUGACAUCAACAACACUGAGCCCUCUGCCCUCGGAAUCCCCUACCAACGACAACAUGGUCGAUGACAACGAUGACAUGAGCAUCUCUGAUACUGACGUAGUCAUGGUGGACCAGAGCCAAGUGGAGAUAAUGCUCCAGUGUAUCAAGAUGCUGAAUGAAGACGACAGGGUCAGCAGGAUUUUGACGUCCUUGGAUAAGACCGAGGAGCCUGCUGUUCUCCAGUCCCUCUGCCAACUCUGUCAUAACCUACUUAGAACUGAUAAGCUAGCUUCUCACAAGUACAAACUCCUCUACAUGCUGGCGUUCAAACCAGAAUUUGUGAGAAAACUGUGGACUGCACUGAUAACGACUAAACAGACUUCGAUAUUCGGUGGAGGAUCGACACCACUGGUGCAGAUAAUGUCCAGAGGGAUAGCCCCCACUGCUGAGGACUCGAAGAACAUAGCAUCGUUGAUGGCUGUCUUCUGUUCGCUGUUCAGUCUGCUGAUAGCCACUUUACACGACUCCGAGUUUUUUGCUGAGUCAAAGGAGAAUUCUAUGGAGGAGCAGGAGUCUGACGACGAGCGGACAGCAAUGCCCUUCACAACUGGAGAGUUGGUGCCUCUCAGUGAUUAUCUGAAAGGUGUUUGCCUUGGUCUGGUGGAACUGGCCUUCCCUGAUUGUCGACCUACCGUCAGGGAUGACUACAAACGAGCUGUCCUGGGCCCUUCGGCGAAGGGCAUUCAGAACAAACAAGAUACACAGAUGUGGGUUCAUCUGUUCAAAGCAACCUCUGGACUCCUCAGACAGCUACACACGAGAGAUCUGAGGAGGCAAUUUUGUCCUGAUGGCCACUGGAUCACCUCGAACAUUCCUAUUCCCUUGGACAAACCCCAGGACAUCACCUGGAGAAGGAGAACCAAUCGUACGACUCAGUCACCGUUUCAGGGCUUGAGGAGUCUAUCUCAGGAUCAAGAGAAGAGUGAACAGGGCCCACCGCUGUCCACCAAGGAGAUCAGGAUGCUGACACUUCUCAGAGAAGUUCCCUUCAUCGUUCCUUUCAAUGAUCGAGUCAUGGUUCUUCAGUCAUUAAUUUAUCGGGACAAAAUGGAGCAUCAGGGGGAGCUCACCCACUUCAUGCAGGGCCCCUCUAUUCAGAUAUCGGUCAGAAGGAACUAUCUGUAUGAGGAUGCUCUUGACAAGCUAUCUCCUGAGAAUGAACCUGAGUUGAGGCUCAAGAUGAGGGUCCAGUUGGUUAAUACUGCUGGGGUUGAAGAGGCUGGAGUUGACGGUGGGGGACUCAUCAGGGAGUUUCUUUCUGAACUGUUAAAGACCAGCUUUGAUCCCAACAGGGGCUUCUUCAGGCUCACCAAGGACAACAUGUUGUACCCCAACCCAACGGUUCAUCUGCUUGUCGACGAUUUUCCAAAGCAUUACUACUUCAUUGGGAGAAUGAUGGGAAAGGCGAUUUAUGAGAAUCUUCUUGUGGAGCUGCCCUUCGCUGAGUUCUUCCUCUCAAAAAUUGUGGGAAGACAAUCGGACGUUGAUGUGCAUCAUCUAGCGUCCUUGGAUCCCGUCAUGUACCGAAAUCUUUUGUACUUGAAGAGCUACAAAGGGGAUGUUUCUGAUCUUGGCCUAGACUUCACUGUUCUCUCUGAUGAACUUGGCGAGAGAAGGAUCGAUGAACUGAAGCCCAAGGGCUCACAGAUCCCAGUGACCAAUGACAACAGAAUUGAGUACAUUCAUCUGAUGGCAGAUUAUAAACUUAAUAAGGAGAUCAGACCUCAGUGCUAUGCCUUUAAGCAGGGCAUCGCUAAUGUCAUCCCUCUGGAGUGGCUGCAGAUGUUCAAUAAUAAGGAGAUGCAGGUCCUUAUUUCUGGGGCACAGAUUCCUGUAGAUGUGGACGACUUGAAGAUGCACACUAAUUACACAGGGGGAUAUGCUCCUGAUCAUCGUACUAUUGUCACGUUCUGGAAGGUUGUGGAGAGUUUUACUAAUAAGCAGAAAGGACAGCUUCUCAAAUUUGUUACUAGCUGCAGCAGACCGCCUCUUCUAGGCUUUAAGGAACUUGAUCCACCCUUUUGCAUACAACACGCCGGCACAAUCGAUCGUCUACCAACAUCCAGUACCUGUAUGAAUCUUCUAAAACUGCCAGAAUUUCUAGAUGAAUCAACACUACGUGAAAAACUGCUCUAUGCGAUUCAAGCUGGCGCUGGAUUUGAACUUAGCUAAUUGAGCCCAUCAAACAAAAACACAAUGUGUUACAAUUUAUCUUUUUCAUCAGCAGUUUAUCAACUGUCAUUGUUCUGACAGUAAAUCAUUCAAGACUGUGCCAUUAAAAUAUCUACAAUUCUCGGGGAUUUUGUGGAGAUGAUUACUGAAUAUUGAAACCGAACGAUAAUUUAGCGAAAAUAAUUACAUUUUUGAUGGGGAUAUUUUGGAUUUUUCGUGAACGAGGUGUUUCUUCAUAAUUUUGCAGUUGAUAUCUCUAGAUGAUUGUAAAUUAUGUAUAUCGAGUUGUGUGUUUAUUUUUCAGCGGUGGUAUAUCGACUUAUUACUGAAGAUGAUUUAACGAGUAUUUAUAGGACCCGAUCAUGUGAAACAUAGAGACGUGUAUAGAAUUAUCGAGAAUGAAUUUAUGUGCUGCACCGUGUGGGAUAUAUAUGUGAAAUCAAGUAAUUCUUCUACGGUGUCAUAGUGAAAUAAAUGUCAAAUGUUGAUGUAAUUGUUAGCCUAGUCUCAGUGGACUGGCCUUUUUUUCUUUCUCCAAUUACAAAACCUUGUGAUAUAUGGAUAUAUUAUUAUACAAACAUAUUUUUCGUCUUUGAUGAUCUUUCUUAUUAUUGUAUAUGUGAAAUUUGGAACAUUAAAAUGUAAUCGGGGCCACGGUGAAAUGGUA